GCACCGAGCAUAAAAGCUGGAAAGGAUAACGUGACAACCAACUCACCAGGCUUAUUUGGUUGCAAAAAGAUUUACUUUCAGCAUCCCUUCCAUGGUAAACAGCAAGUCAAGAUAUUCGCCUCAUUUGGACAUAAUAUAAGAAGUUCAGGUCACCGUUAUGGUGGAGCUGUCUGGGUGGAAUCUGUUUCAACGAGUGGAUUUACAGCCUGUGUGUUAGAAUUUGGAGACGGAUCGAACAGUACUUCUGAAAUCAACUGGUUGGCCUUACAGUCUUUGCCGCUAGGAACUCAGUUAGAAACCGCCCACUUGAAUGCAUGGACCACCGGAACAAAGUGUACGACAAUCAAAUUUAAACAGGUUAGAUUUCUUAUAUCUAAUUGCCUUCGGCAAUUGUGACAAAUGAAGUUUGCUUUGUUUUCCAUAAAACAAAAGCUAGAAUUAGGCUGAUCACCUUUCCUUCCCUUCGUCUUAAAUCUCAAUUCUCCGAAAUAUUUACAACGUUUGAAGAACGCAUUUCCGAUAUUAACGAUCUUUUUUCAAUUUUGGAGUUCGAGUGCAGUUUAUCGAAAGGCACAAGGUUCGAAUCUUUUUCAAAGAUGUGGGUUUCCUCAAAGGGAUUUAACGUAUUUGCGGAAAAUUACCUUACUUUGACCUUUUAAGUCGUGAUCCUUUUUAUGUCAAUAGUUAACUUAUUUCUAGUCUGUAUUAUGAUUGGCAGUUAAAAUCCUUACACUUAUCAGGUACACUUUUACAGGUAAAGAUGUCUAAUACUGCGUUUCACAAUUUUCAGCGUUUCAAGACCUCACCAACCAUUUUAGUUGCUGUCAGUCACGAUAUUUUAAGCAGACCUCAGGAUGCUAUGGCCGUAUGGGUUGAGGACUUGAAGAAGGACAAUUUCAAAGUCUGUCUCAAAGAAACUAAGCUUUUCGAUGGAAUACACAAGAGCAUCAAAAUAGUAAGGGAAUGAUUUAAGUUUUUCUUUUCCAUUCCAUAAGUAAUUUCUAUUGGGAGUCUCCAUUUGGACGGAUGGUGGUCAGAUGUAUGGGUGGUCGGAAGGAUGAAAGUUAUUGCGUGACCAGUUGAAUGACUUGCUUGAUUCGUUUGCAUUGUUCAUCCAUUUAUUGAUGCAUUCAUCAGUUGAUCAACUUAUCGAAUUGAUUAUCAAAAUUUUAUCAUAUAUGUUUCUUUGUCACUUAUCACAUUUUUUUAAAAAGUUUUUUUCACUCGAACUAAAAUUUCACAGAACUGGAUGGCAUUUACUACUGUGAAGAUUGAGAACGUCACCUCUUCAAAGAGUGUGUUGCUUCAUAAUGCAAGCUUAGAAAAACACCAUGAUAACUACGCUUAUUGCCAAGUAAGGUUUUAAUUAGCAAAUCAACAGAAAUAUCUUUAACAAUAGCGCUGGGAUUCACUAGCAAUUAUUGUUUUUUUCUUUUGUUAUUGUUGCUAUUAUUGUGAUCACUAUUAUCAAAAUUAUCAUAAUUAAUAUUUUUUGCUUAAUAUUUAACAAUGCCUACACUAUAGCCCCGUUUAAAAGAAAAAAAAAACAACAACAAUAACAACACCUUUAAUUCCAGGUCCAUAUUUGUGAAACUCAAACACGAACUCGUUGACCUUUGUUUUUCUUGUCGAAUUGGAAGUAUGCAACGUUUGUCGACAAGACCUUUGGGGCAGGUGCAGAAACAGUUCGAUUUUUCUUAAUCUGCUCAACAGAUCUUUUGAAAACGAUGCAGAAAUACGCAUCCUGAUGGCGGCCUACUUGCACGUUGAUGGUAAAUAGGGUUAGAUGCACACAUUUCUGGGUUACAAGCGCAUAGAGUUAGAUCCAGGGGCGUUUUUGGGAACUUUUUUUUUUAUUUUGUUGUUGUUGUUGUUGUUUUUUUUUUUUCAAGAUAUUGCCCAACGGACCCUGAAUUUAGAUGUCACACGAUGCAACAUAAUUUUAUCAACAGACUUAAAUGUUUACAUUUCAGACUAUAAACUUCACCGAUCCAUUUUAUGCUCCUCCAGUUGUGGUAGUGACGCCCAGACAGGGUUACAUGAAUAACUACUCAGGUGUCUCUCGAUCUCAGUGUAAUGCCAUGACAGCAUGGGUAGAGGUGAGUUAUCAGUGUUGUACCGCCUUUGAUAAAGAUUCUCUUGUUAAAUUUGACUGAGAUCGUGUAUUAUCUGCAAACAAUAAGAAUAAAACUGUUUAAAAAAGUAUAUGUUUGUGGGCUAGUCACGACACACUAGGAUGCUGUAUAUUCUCCUUCCCGUCUUGAUUAUAGUACUCGUCCACUGAAGAUAUGAAAGUUUGUGCGAGAAGCUACGACGGCGAUGCCUAUGGCGAUGAUAUCAUACGAGUUGAUUACGUAGUCGUCGGAGGUUGGUGUGAUUAGAAAGGCAUACCAUGGGCAAAACAAUGCAUUUAUUGAACAUGUAGGCAUUCUUUACUUGAGAUAGCACUAGAACUGAAAUUUGCUUCCGUACGAAAGCUCUGUUGCUAUUAAGUCACUUAGAACCGGUUAUUUAAACAAAGUUUAGCCGUUCUUUAACAAAACCGCCUUCUAAAUCAUCUUAAAUUUAACUGCAUCUUUCAUUUAAACAUUUAUUUUUAUGAUCAAUGUCAAGAGGGCCGAAAGUUAGCAGUGCAAAGACAUUUAUGUAAUAAAAACAACCCUCUUAUAGAUCAUGAUACAUAUGGCCCACUGCUUGCGUAAAAACGCGGUUUCAAUUAGACCUCGAGUAAAUAUAACCUGCCCUAAGUAUCUUAUCUACAGUGUAAUUCUUGUUACUGUGCCGGACUGAAAGGGUUCAGAAAUAGAGAUAAGAUCUCUAGCUGUGUCCUCAGAAUCGGUCACGAUACCUUUAUCCAAGGGUUUCUUCAGGGUAAGAUUCACCUCAAUGAAUUUUCGCCUGUUUUUAUAAUCACUAGACCUGGAUCCCUGCCUGAACGUCACGUGUUAUUUUCAUGGUCUUUGUAAAGCUUUUGGACCGCAUGAUGCUCGUUGCGUGUGUAUAGACCACUGCCCUUCCUACCAUGAGCCCAUCUGCUCAUCAAACGGCACAACUUACGACAAUGAGUGUUUGUUUAAACAGGAAAUGUGUCGCAUGCGACUUAACUUUACAGUGCAACAUCCGGGUAGUUGUGAAGGUAGGGCGCAUCUUCUGCCCCUCAUGUUAAUGAUUUCCGACAAUGGUCGAUGUAUCGGUAUCCUAUAAAAUGAAAUAUUCAGCCGUAACAAAAUAUGAUAUUUGUUGUUGUAGUUAUUAUCGUUGUUUUCAUUUUACCUCCCGUAUUUUAGCUUAAACUUUGAACUGAUUUUACUAUCAUUGUUGUUUUACUCUAUUGCCAUUGUCAUUUUCAUUUUCAUUGUCGUUGUCGUUAUCAUUAUUAUUACCAUUGUCAUUGCUACUGUCUCCUUUCUGUAAUUGUCAUUAUCAUUAUCAAUGCUGUCGCCAUCGUCAUUUUCAAUGUCAUUGUCAUUGUCUUUGCCACUGACAUUUUCAUUACAACUCUCCUUCGUAUUGCUAUUAUUAUCAGUGUCAUUGUCCAUGUCAUUGUCACUGUUAUUGUCAUCGUCAUCGUCAUUGUCAUUAUCACUGUCACUGUCACUUUCACUGCCACUGGUUUCGUCACUAUCACUGUCACCAUCACUGUCAUCAUUGUUGUCACUGUCACCGUCACUAUCACUGUCAUUGUCAUUGUCAUUGUCAAUGUCAAUGUCAAUGUCACUGUCACUGUUGUCUUUGUCACCGUCAUUGUCAUGGUCACAGUCAUUGUCAUUACCACUGUCACUGUCAUCGUCACUAUUACUGUCACUGUCAUUGUCACUGUCAUCGUCACUGUUACUGUCAGUGUCACUAUCACUGUCACUGUCAUCGUUACUGUCACUGUCACUGUCAUUGUCACUGUAACUGUUAGUGUCACUGUCAGUGUCACUGCCACUGUCACUUACACUGUCACUGUCUUUGUCACUAUCACUGUCACUAUCACCAUUGUUGUCACCGUCACUGUCACUGUCACUAUCAUUGUCAUUGUUAUUGUCAUUGUCAUUGUCAUUGUCAUUGUCAAUGUCACUGUCACUGUCACUGUCACUGUCGUUGUCUUUGUCACCGUCAUUGUCAUUGUCGAUGUCACUGUCACUGUCAUUGUCGUUGUCUUUGUCACCGUCAUUGUCAUUGUCACAGCCAUUGUCACUGUCAUUGUCAUUGUCAUCACCACUGUCACUGUCAUCGUCACUGUUACUGUCACUAUCACUGUCACUGUCACUGUAAUCGUCACUGUUACUGUCAGUGUCACUUUCACAGUCACUGUCACUGUCAUAGUCAUAGUCAUAGUCAUAGUCAUAGUCAUAGUCAUAGUCAUAGUCAUUGUCAUAGUCAUAGCCAUAGCCAUAGUCAUAGUCAUAGUCAUAGUCAUAGUCAUAGUCAUAGUCAUAGUCAUAGUCAUAGUCAUAGUCAUAGUCAUAGUCAUAGUCAUAGUCAUAGUCAUAGUCAUAGUCAUAGUCAUAGUCAUUGUCAUUGAUAUUGCCAUUGUCGUUAUCUCUGAAAUUGACGUUGCCAUUCCGACCGCCACGGCCAUUUUCAUCGUCUAUAUCGCUGUCACUGUCAUUGUCACUACACCUGUCGUUCUUCUUGGUAGUGUCUUUGUAUUUCUUCGGUUUUUUGUUACAGGAUUCCCUUUCCAGAGAGGUCGCCAUCACAUGCCUCAUAUUCCAUCACUUGGAUAUUCUCAUUGUGAGAUUAUUCCGCUGAAGCCAUUUGUUUUCUAUCCUGACAAACCCAUUGAAGUGCAACUAACGGUCAAUCAUAUUGACACCAGCGACAAGUUAUAUGUUCAUGAUGCCGCUGUUUCGUGGGUCGAGAACAUCAGUACCCAUCGAUUUACUGCGUGUGUAAUGGCGGCAGGCUUCAACGAACGAAAAUCGAAUGCGAACGUAACAGUCGAUUGGAUGGCGUAUCAGGGAGCUCCGGUGGGUGGGGUGGCGGGAGAAGAACGGAUGUCACAAUGGUGGACUGGAACGACCUGUAAAACUGUGAAUUUUCCAUCGGUAAAUAGCAUGCCUUUUUUUGUGUCUGCUGGUGGAGUCUUUUCAUUAAUUAUGACAAAAAUCAUGGUUGUAUCAAGCUACAAAAAGCCUGAUUUUUUGUUCCUGUUUUAUAACUGCAUAAACAUACAUAAAAAUGGGAUAUGCUCUUGCUAUUUCAACAUAUUGUGGCCUUCGUUCUCUAAUUUAUAGUGAUUUUGUUUGGUUUUCCCUUAUGUAUUGGAUAGAGGAAUAAAUUACAAAUCUAAUUCUGUCGUAGUAUAAUUGCUCCGGUGAUUAUAAAAAUGCGCGCGCUCUGGUUGGUCGAGGAUCGUGUCAUAUCUCGCUAUAAUCACCUCGCGCAAGGUGAUUAAAGCAGAAGCACUAAAUUUAAAAAUGGCUGCCUGGCGUUUUUUCAGUGUUACCGAGAACGUGAUCAACACGAUACAGAAAAUUAAAUUUCGAAGAGCGCAAAAGACGCUCUUAAGUUUGGAGUAACACUUUUCAAGAGAGAGAUAUUAAGGUUGUGCUGAUCAGUUGAAUUAAAUGAAACUAUCAAAUUCUAAUGGAAACUGGUUUUUUUUUUAUCUCGACAUGAGCAAUCAAAACAACUGAAACAGAAUUAUUUCAUCACCAAGACGAAUAUGUACAGAAUUCAAAAGCACUUAUGCAAUUAUACUAACACAAAAAUUCGCCUCAUGCCCAGUGGAUAUUGUUGAAUAAUUCCCACGACUUCGUCUCGGAAAUUAUUCAACAAUAAUCACUUCACCUUGAGCGAAUAAUUGUUAAAUAUUAAACAAAUAGAUUCCACGUUGCAGUGCGUCUGUUUGGUCAUAGAUAAAAGAUGAGGUCAAAAUAAGAUAAUGAAAUCAAUGAAAAGCACAGCUGAGCUUCGUAUGACACUUCGUCGGUUUCUUCUUUCCACACUCAUAAGGGGUCUGUUACUGAACAGACUCACUGUAACACGAAAGUAUUAGUUAAGCAGAGCUAUAUUUUGAAUACGAUAAUCUUAUCAUCGACAAGCAAAUUAGACAGUUGAUCAUUUAACAGGGAUAGGCUAUCUAAAUAGCCUUUCAUUUUCAGGGAAAGUUUACCAGUUCACCUUCCGUAUUUGUAACUGCCGAACAUCACCAUUCUGGACUGAAGCGCGACGCAGCUAGUGUCUGGACUGAAGAUGUGACGCAAUCCUCAUGUAAAGUUUGUUUAAGGGAAUUACAAAACUACGCAGGAUCCCACAAAGACAUUUCUGUGGUAAGUCAUUGGUUCACAGGCUUAUCGAUUGCUGUCCUAUCUAAACAGCUGCUUUCAAUUGUACUCAUGAACUUCGAAGGUACUUUCAUUGCAUUCUACAAAGGAAUGCUUUCUCGGUGGUGCAAUUCCCAAGUGCUUUCUUAUUCGACGCAUGCACCACAAACUUAAUGAUGUUUAGCAUAAAGGUUACUCCAAUAUAAAAAAAUGGAUGCCUAGGCAGCAUAGAGUAUAAGAAUUCUUUCAACUACAUUAAAUAUUUAAAGCAGUGCAAUUGAAUGCAAUGAAUAACAAUCAGAGAUAAUGCAAAAUAUGAUCACUGCGAUAUACUGCGACCAUUUUAAGGUAAAAGAUUAUAUAUUAUUUCUUUGUUUAGGGAUCUUUUAGCAAGGAGUGGAUCCCAAAAUAAACACCAUUACAACAGAAUGCAUAUUAGAGUGCACUUUUAGUCGUAUUUUCAUUUAACCAUUAUGCGCAAUAUAACAUUUACUGAGCAUUCUUGCAUUCUUUCUUAUCUAUAUUAGAAUUGGUUCGCGUUUGUGGAUCUUGACAAGCCUCCCUUCUUGGAACAUAGUGUUAUUCACUUUAUGAACAACAAACCCCCUUCUCACGAUCAAAAUGAUGCCUUCUGCAAGGUUAGUUAUCGAUGGAAAGUUUUAAAAUAUGCCAUCGGGCAUAAGAUCAAAUUUCCAAUUUCCGAAGUUGUUUGGCUCAUGAGGGGUUUAUUAAGUGCAAAUUGAUCAGUAAUCAUAGCGAUAUCCAUGCUUUCUUCACGUUCUACGAGGGAUUGACCAAAGUUAUAAGGAUCUUCACUAGGGCGGUUAUUUAAGUGUGCACACUGAUUCCAAAAUAUAUGUAAUUUAUCCUUUUUUUCACAGGAUGUUUCCCUUCUCCAUACUUAUCAUACCGUCCCAAAUGUACUUGUAUCUGCUAAUCACUCAACGAAGGGAAGGAACCUAAGUCCAGUUCACAAUGGCAUAACUGCUUGGGUAGAGGUGAGAUAAAAUUUUUGACCUUUCUUGGCUUCUUUUAGAAAAACUGAGCAAUAGUUACCACCUAUCCAACGACAGAGAGGAUAGAUACACAGCAGCCAAAAAAUGAGUUUCUUUAUGAAUAUAUACCGAUAAUACUCAAUCGUGAUUUUGUCUUCGUCUGCUCAGAGGUUAAUAGUACUUUUUAUCACUUUCAUAAUCGAGAAUAAAUAGUCCAUAGUCAAGCUAAGACGAAAACUUUUACAUUUAUCAUCUAUCCAACGACAGUGAAGUUAUCUAUUUUUUCCAGUAAAUACCACACAGAAGCCGAAAAAUUAGUUUUCCGGAAACUCCUCAAGCGCAAUUUUGUCUCUUUGGCUGCUCGGAGGUUAAAAAUACUUGCUUACCACUUCUGAUUCAACCAAACAGCGCGCGAGAAAAACACUAUUUACCCGUGAGGUAUAUGCUAAUGACACAUACAUGAAUCACAGUGUCAAGUAGUUCAUUCUGAUGACAGUAAUCAUAUAUACAUAUACACUGUAUUUCGUUUAUUUUAUUUUCUACAGUAUAUCAACAAGACUGGCUUUCGUGUUUGUUUUAAAGAAUUGUUUGAAACAAGAUACGAUCCUCUUUCUAUUGUUUACACAGUCAUGUCAGGUAAGAAUUUGAAAUGCAAAAUACCAUCACAAGGUAAAAGUUUAUAAAUUCAUUACCAAUCAUCAAUCUAAGAGACAACAACUUGAAGAUCAUCAAAACUAACACAUUUUUAACAUCAACACGUCACUGCAGACGUAGAGGUUUUUACGCAUAAAUAUAUCUGAUCGCCUAACUGCAUGGAUAAAAAUGUGUCGUGCAUGAUUGCUAUGAAUUACCCGAAUUUCACAAGAGUCUUUGAGCAUUAAGAACUUAGGAGACAGAGAGGGACGGUAAGGACGUUGAUUGGGCUAUACCGAUAGGACGUUAAGAAUUGAAAAGACUGUCGAAUACCGAUUACAUUUUGAUGAAAUAAUGUAUCUCCAAAAGCUGCAAUAUUCAUCAUAGAACAAAGUUCAAGGGCAGCUCCGUGUGGUUCUCCCAUAACGCAAAAUAUUCAUCAUAGAAAGUAGCUUUUCAAACAUAAAUGGAACGGACAUAACAGCAUCUAUACGAACCACGUACUGAUUCUGCUUCAUGCUUACGCUUAAGUACCUAUUUGCAUUAUAUACAGAGGUAUGCCAGCCUGGAUGGGAUUAUUUCAAUGGCUACUGUUACUUCACAAGCUCCACUUGCUCCUCGUGGCCAACUGCUGAAAAAAAAUGCGCUAAAAUGGGUUCACAUCUUGCGACAGUCCAUAAUCAAGAAGAAAACGUUUACAUUCAACAUCGGCACAAUGGAGAUAAAUCCUGGAUUGGGCUCAAUGAUCGAAGCGUAGAAGGAUUAUUCGUGUGGACAAACAAAGGCACAAGUAGCUUUAGAUUCUGGGCGCCAAAUCAACCAAACAAUUAUACGGAUCAGGACUGUGUACACACUCUUGGCGCAAAAAAUGAAUACACUUGGAAUGACGUUUCAUGCGAUAACUGCUUAAAAUUUACUUGUUUUAAAGGUAAACAACUUAGAUUUGAACAAACAGAAAUGCUUUAUCUUGAGCCGUUUUAGUUUCAUAGGACAUUAGCAAACGACUUGACUUCAACAUGGGCGCAGUGAUGGCUCAUUAAACCUAAAAUCUGGGUACUAGGUGGGAGACGAAUCUUGUGAUAUUUGUGCUGCAUAUUGGAUUUUUUCAAGUGGAAUAUGACAUACUUUUAAAGAUAUAAACAAGUGCACAGCCAAGGCUCAUUGGUGUAAAGUCAAUGCUUUAUGUCCAAAUACUGAAGGAUCUUACAAAUGCGUUUGUAAGGCUGGAUUUAAUGGAGACGGAAAAAAAUGAUCUGGUAUAGAUAAAUUUUAUACUCAUCUUUUAAAAUCACUGUCGUAGCUUUUAAGAAUGAAUUGAAGCCCGUGAGCAAUCGUCGGGAAAUCUUUAAACAAUUGGUAAGAAUUUCCUAGUCACUGAAUCCGUAUGUAAUCAGAAGAUACUAUGUAGGCAAUCUAAAGGGAAUCUGUGGGCACUCCGUAAGCAAUCCGAGGGCAAUCUGUAAGCAAUCCGUUAGAAAUCGAUGGGAAAUCCACGGGCUUUCUUUAGGCAAUCUUUGGGUAAUCCGUGGGCUUCCUUCGAGCAAUCUUUGGGAGAUCUGUGGGCAAUACUUGGGAGUUACGGUUUUUUGAGAUUAUUUUUGCCCGACCCGCUAGGCCACGUGUAAUCAGGGCGUGUGUUUCGUCGCCCGCAGGCUCUCGCCACGUAAUGACAAGGUGCAAUGAUAAAUACAGUGGAGUAUAAUUUUUGAGCAGAAUAUCAUUUGCUUCCCAAGAUACAAACGAGUGCACAGUCAGUUCCCUCUUGUGUGAUGUUAAUGCUGCCUGUCAAAAUACUGAGGGAUCCUACAAGUGCAUUUGUAAGACUGGAUUUAAAGGAGACGGGAAAAAAUGCCCUGGUAAGAAAAUCAUAUUAUCAUCUUAA